AUGGCGGGCCUUUCGUCGAGCAGGCUGAAAUCCAUGGAUUUCUACAGAAAAAUCCCCAGAGAUUUGACUGAAGCAUCAUUAUCCGGUGCUGGACUAUCCAUUGUAGCUGCACUGGCCAUGGUUUUUCUAUUUGGAAUGGAACUGAGUAACUAUCUAGCAGUAAACACCUCUACAUCUGUGAUUGUAGACAAGAGUACCGAUGGCGACUUUUUACGCAUUGAUUUUAAUAUCAGUUUUCCAGCCCUCUCAUGUGAAUUUGCAGCAGUUGACGUGAGCGAUGUGUUAGGAACUAACAGGUUAAACAUUACAAAAACAGUCAGAAAAUACUCUAUAGAUCACGAUCUAAAGCCCACUGGUGCUGAGUUUCACUCAGGCCCUAUUAUGCAGCUCAUUAAGCAUGAUGAGUAUGUUGGUGAACAUGAGGGUGAGGGUUCUGUGACACUCAGUGCUCGGAAUUUUGAUGUUUACUCAAAUCAGUUUCCGAUAUUGGUUGUCAAUUUCUAUGCUCCUUGGUGCUACUGGAGCAAUCGCUUGAAACCUUCUUGGGAAAAGGCAUCUAAAAUUAUGGCGGAAAGAUACGACCCUGAAACUGAUGGACGCAUCAUUUUGGCCAAAGUGGAUUGCACUGAAGAAGGUGAAUUAUGUAGGAGGCAUCACAUCCAAGGGUAUCCCUCCAUUCGCAUUUUUCGCAAGGGAAGUGAUGUCAGGGAUGAACACGGACACCAUGAGCAUGAGUCCUACUAUGGGGAUCGUGAUACUGAGACCUUGGUGCAGACUAUGGAAAAUCUUGUUGCACCUAUUCCAGCUUUACAUCACAAGCCAGACAAUUCAACUCAGAGCAUUAAACGACCUGCACCCUCAACUGGAGGAUGUAGAGUUGAGGGAUAUGUGCGUGUUAAAAAGGUUCCUGGGAACCUCAUCAUUUCUGCUCGUUCAGGAUCCCAUUCCUUUGAUACUUCCCUGAUGAACAUGUCACACGUUGUUUCCCAUCUAUCGUUUGGCAUGAAAUUUUCAGCCAAGGCAAUGGUUGAGGCCAAGCGAUUGAUGCCAUAUAUUGGUCGGAGUCACGACAAGUUGAAUGGGCAAGCAUUUGUUAAUCAGCGUGAUAUAGGUGCUAAUGUCACUAUAGAGCAUUAUCUUCAAAUCGUUAAAACAGAGGUGGUAUCAAUGAAAGGAUCUCGUGAACACACGAUAAUAGAAGAGUAUGAGUAUACAGCCCACAGCAGUUUGGCAGAGAGCGUGGAUAUACCUGUUGCAAAAUUCCAUUUUGAGCUCUCUCCUAUGCAGGUUCUGAUCACUGAACUUCCGAAUUCAUUUUCACAUUUUAUCACCAAUGUGUGUGCCAUAAUUGGUGGAAUAUUCACGGUUGCGGGAAUAUUGGACUCGAUACUGCACAACACGAUCAGGCUAGUGAAGAAAGUGGAGCUAGGCAAAAAUUUUUGA